CGUGCACAGUACAAAGACCUUCAAUUUAUAGCGACACACAUACUUCCACACAAACCAUCAAAUCCGCCCGCCAAUAGGGAUUAGGGGAGUCCGUGAGAAUAGCGUCUUCCUGCCCUCCCCUAAAAUAGGGAGAGACCUGGGACUGGGAAGUUCUCAGUGUCCCAGCCAAGGUCGGCCCCGAAUCUGGCUCAGACAGACAGUCUGUUAUCAAAAUACUAGACACAUUGUCCCCAAAACAUUGAUUCUGACUAAGAACUACACUCCAGGAUAUAUUAUUAUUCCCCUGACUAAAACCAUCACACAGUAUUAUAAUAAUCGAAUGAUUCUAACAUUUACAUAAAUGCAUUAUAAUAAUCUAAUGAUUCAAAUCAAUUUCAUACAAUCAUAUGGCUAAUCAAUUUCAUACAAUCAUAUGGCUAAUACAUUUCAUACAAUCACAUGGUUUCAGACUUAUGGUUUCAGGAGAGUAAUAUUCUAAUCAUUUAUUAAAACACAUUUCCUUAUCACAUUCACAAUUUACCAUUUGGUAAACAGUAUCCCCUGUAGGCUACUGCAGCCUAUGCAGCCUCAAUCUACUCGUGAUAGGCACGAAAAUGAAACAAACGAUUUGGCAAACUUUUUUGUGGAAGAUUGAAUAAGUUUGCUUCAAACUGUUUGCUUGGUAUGAUUUGUAACUAUUGUCUCUAUCUGUGCAUCCCYACUCAGCUUUUCUACCCGAAAACUCGCGAUACCGUAAAGUGUUGUGUAUUCACGCAGAWAAAUUCAGGAGACUGAUGCGCGGAUGGUUUGGCAGCGUUUUGCGGGCGUCGGCUCACUUGACAGCAGUCUACUCGGAUUAAACAUGAACCAUUCUAUAGGCGAAUAAAUAAUGCCAUUCACAAAGAAUUGGAAAACCUAAUCUGUUGAUUUUUAAUUCCAAGAACAACAGCAGGCCUAUCUGCAUCAUCUUCAAUGCUUCAUGUAGCCUAUGCUUGAAAGCAUUCCUCUUCCGGCUACAGAGGCUAGUGAGCACGCGCGUGCUGCGCAAGAGCGAACUGGUGCUGAUGCUGAAGAGGAAUUGGAAAACCGAAUCUGUUGAUUUUAAUUCCAAGAACAACAGCAGGCCUAUCUGCAUCAUCUUCAAUGCUUCAUGUAGACUAUGCUUGAAAGCACUCCUCUUCCGGCUACAGAGACUGGUGAGCACGCGCGUGCUCCGCAAGAGCGAACUGGUGCUGAUGCUGAAGAGGAGGCGCGCGCCUCACAUGAGCGCAUCGCAUUACAUCACUUUGCUACGACGUGAUUGGCUGAAGGUCAAUGCGUACUUCGCUCGCGGACUAUCACGUCCUAGCCUAACCAUAUAUCUCGARUCGAGAUAUUAUCGCUCUCAAAAUUGAUUGCAAYUAUAUUUUCGUUUAGUGCRCGUUUUGAGGAUGGCCGAGAGCGAGGCAGACACGCCAAGCACCCCGAUAGAGUUUGAGAGCAAAUACUUCGAGUUUGAUGGAGUYCGACUUCCACCCUUCUGCAGAGGAAAGAUGGAGGASAUCGCCAACUUCUCCCUCAGAAGUAGCGACAUUUGGAUUGUCACYUAUCCCAAGUCAGGUACCAGUCUCCUUCAGGAAGGUGUUAUCUUGUGAGUCAGGGGGGCGGAACCAGAUGAGAUUGGCUUGAUGAACAUCGAUGAGCAGCUUCCUGUUCUGGAGUACCCUCAGCCUGGCCUAGACAUCAUACAGGAAUUGACGUCUCCUCGUCUGAUCAAAAGCCACCUGCCCUACCGCUUCCUGCCUACAGCCAUGCACAAUGGAGAGUCCAAGGUGAUCUACAUGGCGAGGAACCCUAAAGAUCUUGUMGUGUCUUACUACCAGUUCCACCGCUCCCUCAGAACCAUGAGCUACCGCGGAACCUUCCAGGAGUUCUGCAGACGCUUCAUGAACGACAAGCUGGGAUAUGGUUCCUGGUUUGAGCAUGUGCAGGAGUUCUGGGAGCAUCGCAUGGACUCAAACGUCAUUUUCCUGAAAUAUGAAGACAUGUACAAGGACCUGGGGAUGUUGGUGGGCAGUGGCGAGGUCUUGGGUGUCUCGUGUGACAAGGCCCAGCUGGAGACCAUGGUGGAGAGCUGCAACCAGCUCAUAGAGCAGUGCUGCAACUCAGAAGCCCUCUCCAUCUGCAGGGGUCGCGUGGGACUGUGGCAGGACAUCUUCACCGUGUCUAUGAAUGACAAGUUUGACACGGUGUAUAGACAGAAGAUGGGCAAGUCUGACCUGACCUUUGACUUCGGCCUGUGAGGACCGGACCGACUGACCACAACGACACGAACACGGACUACACUCCUCCUCCUGCUGCCUAAACACCGUACGCUCCUCUGCCUCUCUUCAUCACUCAAUCAAUCAAUCAAACAAUCACGUUUUGGAUAUACUGUAUAUAUCAAUCGCUCCACCGGCAAAGACUAUUGCUGUCAAUCAACCAACCAAUAAAUCACCCAAUAAAUUAUAAAUUAGUCGGUCAACACACCAAUCAAUCAAUAUAAAGAUUGCAUCCUUAAAAAGCUCACAAAUCAAUUUUGAUUUAUCAAUCAACCGGUCAGUUUCUCAGCCAAUCAGCGAGAUCCUGUUUAAGCCCAAUGUGGCACAGAUUCCAUCCCCCACCCCCAUCUAUGUCCCCCCUCUCCGCCCAUCAUCCCCAUUCCUCUUCAGUAUGUACCGCUGAGUAUGUAUGUGUAUACCAGUGCUCUAUAGCAAGUUGUGUAUGUGGCAGUGGCCCCAAGCCCGAGGGAAACGCAUGGAAGUGUGUGGCGCCGUCGCCAAACCUGUACAGAGGAAGCGUACACGUCUCGUUCAACACUUAACGUUGAGACAGUGUUAUGUUUUUUAAACGCUGUAUGAAUGCUAGGGUGGGGAAUCAUAAGUCCAGGCCAGAGUCAAGUAUAGAGACCACCCAUGACUGCCCUUUGAUACAGAGCAAGUGUUCAGUUUCGGCUGUAUCCAGGUCAGUUCCUAAUUUACCUAGUCCUUCCUUUUAGCACACGUUUUUCACUUUCAGUACAUUACAUAGCUUGUUUGUUACAAAAAGGCUUUCAAUGGGCAUUAGCUUAAUCGGCACUAGACUUUUUGUAUCAACCUUUCUUGCCGAGGUGAAUUGGGAAUGUGUGUGUGUGUGUGUGUGUGUGUGUGUGUGUGUGUGUGAGUGUGUGUGUGUGCGUGUGCAUGCUCGUGUGUGAGCAAAAUCACAAAAAUGACACAUUACGACUGCCUUUUAUAUCAGUUCUGUUUGUUUAUGCUGCUAAAGUGAUGCCUUUCUCUGUCCUCAGACCCAUAGCCACCUAUAGAGUUAAUGUACCACACUGAAACAACAGAGUUAUCCUCCAUGUUACCAGCAUUCUCUGUGUGCUCUGACCCAAGUACAUGUGGUCCCUUUUCUCUUCCAUUGCUUGCAUCUCUUUUCUUCCUCCUCCUCCUCCUCCUCCUCCUCC